CAGCUAAAUCAGUGCCAUACUACACAAGACUGAUAAUUACCCUCCUAAAUAUCAGAAACCCAGGCUUUGUUUGGAGAAAUUAAUUCAUGUGGCCCCUUCAGAAUUAAGGUACCAACAAUACGAGGUAGAAAUGCGUCUGAAUGCGGGUUAUUUACGUUUGUUUUAACGUUAAGUCAAGAGUAAAUAAUGGUAACGAUAACGAACUUUUGAAACUGGCACUGACUGUUACGUCGCUUAGUUACACUUUACGUUACUCCGUUACAGUUGAAUUUAGACAACAACGUUGCUAAAUUCAUUUUAACGAAGGUUUAGGAGUUGAAGAAACCUCGGUAAGCUGUUUCUGUGGGUGGGGGUUUGUUGUGGUGUGUGUACCAUAGUGACACGGGGGUGGGUCCUCUCGGAAGUUUUGUGGUUUUCAAGGCAACCGACCCCCGUUGCUGUGCUCUGCCUUCUGAAGCCAAUGUGUCCCUCCGCGGUAUGAGGAACUGCAUUCAAAGAGACCCCCCCCCCCCUUCCUUAAGACUGCAGACUGACUGAAAGCUCCUCCUUAGCUCUACCUCUGGAUUGUAACCACUUUUCUGACAUGACCUGUAAUCGAUGACCUUCUGCAGUCAUGGCUUUGAACGUGUUCCUCACAGAUCAACAAGAAAGGAUGAAGGACGCUACAGUGCCAGGCUAAGACCAUCUGAGGUCAGAGCUGAGGCCUAGAGGACAAUGGAGAGAAUAAAUAAUACCAAAGCAGGGGUGAUUUGCUGGACCCCUGCCCCGGCCCCCAGCUCGCCCACCAGCUCUGUGAUAUAUGAGGAGGACUGGGAUGGUGAGGAUGAAGAACAGACAGAGAAAAACGACGACUUUGAUAGCCAGAUGGACGACAAUGGCAUCAUCGGACUGUCUGAAGCACUGGAGGAUGCAGGGUUGGUGGACUCAGAUAGUCAUUCAAACUCCCGUGGACCCCUCACCCCAGAGGAGGAAGACCCUAGUGGGCAUGAGAGGGAGACGCCUGAGGAGCUGAGCAACAACCUGAGUGAACAUCUGUCCCACACCGAAUCAGAAGAGGACAAAACUCUGUCAUUAUAUGAGGACUUGAUUGAGAGCUUUGAAGCACAACAGUUGGCUGGAAAGGUCGGGCAGAGGAAAGAAGAGCCGGGGAAAGAGUGUGUCUCUGAGUGGGACAAAUACAUGGAGGAGAAAGAUGGAGAGGUAGCAGGGAAGAGGAGUGACAGGAAGAGAGAAAACGAUCAACACAGAAGAGAGCUUGGAACUACCAAUGGCUUUUCUGAAGAAGAGAUUGAGAAGACCAACUCUAAGCCAUAUUGUAGUGCUCACCUGUCAGAGAAGGAACCUGUCAGAGUCUCCACUCACCACCGCAGAAUAUCCCAGCCUGCCUCCCCUCUCACAGCGCUCUCCUUCCCCCACCUUCUCCACUUCACCCCUGAGGAAAUGGCUGCUGCUCAGGGCAUUGACACCGAAACCUUACCAGACAACAGCGCCGCUGAAAGUCUUCCAGAAUCACACCGCAGCCACCUAAGCCCUGAGUCUAGUACUCGCUGUCCUGAGAUAAAGCCCAGGGCUUCUCUUCAGCCGGCAGACAUGUUCUCUGAUGAAGGAACCUCAAAUCAUUGCAGUCGAGUUAGUAAAUUGCCCUCAAAGGGACAAGAUAAGUCUGAUAAACAACCAAGUCCCUCACCAAGGAAGUUGAGGCAGCCAUCUCCUGAAGCAACAUAUCCACAGACUCGAUCCCUCGGCACAGCCAAGUCCUUAAAGUUCAAACAGAAAACAGCGAGUCCUGACGGAGAGUCGAGGAUACCCAGACCCAGGAGUAAUGCUGCUGAAGUGGACGAGUCCAGAAAAGGGCCUCUGAGUUAUCGCAUACCAGACUUCUCCAACGUGGAGCCCAGGGUCUUUUUCCCAAAAGAUGGUUACACCCCCCCUAAGAGUACACGCUGUUUCAAGAGAGAGUCCUCGUCCCCUGGGCCCCCCUUCAUGUUCAAAUCCCCCGCUGACAUCGUGAAAGAAGUCCUGCUGAACUCCCACAAUACAUCUCCUGCCUCAUCAGACUCCUGCAAGCCAAUCAGCAGUGCCCUGAACUCCAGCGUGCCUCAGGACUUCAGAUCCCGCCUGCAGGCCUCCGACCUGCUGGACCAGCUGCAGGAGGACUACUACAGACUGCUGACUAAGCACGCCGACGCGGAGAACACCAUUGAUCGCCUGCGUCUGGAAGCCAAGGUGAACCUGUUCUCCGACCCCCCAAAGCCCGGCCACUUGGUGCAGUCCGGACCGAACCAAGGCUCCUCAAAGAUGAUGGUGCUGGACUUCCCUCGGGCUCAGAGGGCAGAGAUAAGCUCCGCCUCUCUCCAUCCAAAUGGACAACAGAGAAGUCCAUCAGCUUGUUCUUCCACAGAAAGCCCAGACCCUGAGGUGGGACAGCAGCUGGCCAGCAUUCUCUACUAUCAGGCCGACAAGUUCCUCCAGCAGGUACGAGAUCCUUUAAAACGAUCAACAGUGACGCUAGAGUUUAGAUGAUGUGAUGAAAAUAUUAACGUUUUUACUCAGAUGCAGACUUUUGAGCAUCUCCUGAAGAGCAAAAGACUCAAACCUCUGGAUCAGAAGAAGGGGGUCUCGCAGCUCGCUGAGGGGCUCGACUCUUUGGAAAGGGGAUACCUGUUAGCCAGGGAUGACUACAAACUCCUGCAGCAGCGAGGAGCAGAAAACAGCUUCUUUGACCGUGACCGGGAGCUGGAGGGGCUGGUCUUUCAGUGUGGGCUGCAUAUGGAUGAGCUGAAGGAGCUGGUGGAACGGAUGCAACGGGAGCAGCCAAUCAGUGAGGCUCCUCCCUCUCCACCUCCUCACCCCACCCCCUCAUCUGACCCCUCUGAGGGGGAAGAAACUCACACACAGAGCCCAGCUGUGCCUGUGCUGGUUGAUCCAGGAGAGGCAGCGGCGGUGGAGGUGAGCACCGGGAGUGAAGAGAAUGAUGAAGAGGAGGAAACUCUCUACCUCAAACCUCAGAACGGCAAACACAGACAUGUUCAACAAGACUUGGCACCGCUGAGGAAUCACUUCCAAAGCUUAGGGGAGCUCUCCAGACAUAUAGACCACAGCCAGAGGGAAGGAGCUCCCCUUUCUGCUGCCUUAAGGAGAGACGUGCAGCCUGGGAGAGAGGAGGAGGAGGAGGAGAGACAGUGUCAAGAAAACCUGGAAACAUCAGCAGCACAGAAAUCGGACCAUCAGGACUCUCCUCCUGUCUACACUAAGGAAGCUCAGAGCAGCAGGUCCAGCCCUCCUCCCCGCAGCGCCUUCACCACACCCCCCGCUCAUCGUCCCCGCAGCAGGAGAACGCUAGAGGUGGGAGAGUCCCCCAGCAGCAGUCUGAGCAGUCUGAGCAGUCUGAACUCCAAACUCCUGAGUGGGAUCAGAAGAGUUCUUUCUCAGGAUGGGAUUAUCUCCCCGGAGACGGACAGUGGGUUUGUGUGUUCAGAGAGCAGCCGUCUGACUCCUGCUGCAGCGGCCAGUCCUGUCCACCAGAGGGCCUCCGAGAGUGUGUCAGUGCCUCAGGAGAGGAUUCCUCAGAUGGUCCUGGUAUCAGCACCAUCUCCGGUUCCCCCACUGUUGCUAAAUCAACCGGCGAUGGAGCCCAACAGGACCAGGUCGAGCAGAAGCAGAACGGAGCAGAGGAGACGCAUCCUCUCCUGCUCCCCACAGCGCUGCGUCCCUCUGACGGGACAAACCAAAGCCGACAGUGGGACCAGUGAGUUUGGACCGGAGAGUGACAGCUCUCUCACUGUGUCUGAGCACAGAUUCACACAAUCCAUAAACUCUAGCCCGAGCUUCUCCCUCGCUAGUGCACUGGGUCACCAUGACGAUCCUCUCAGUGCACUGAGCUCCAGUCAGGCUGCGAAUCGCAAUGAUGCAAUCCAGACGCUGCAGGUGGAGGUGCGCCGAAUGAGGGAGAGCCUAGAUAGCUGUCUGAGGAAUAAGAAUCCUGUGAGAGCGGCUCCUUCUGCUCACCACAACACCUCUACUCCAAUCAGGCCAGGGGAGCGACGGGGUGAUGUCAGGGAGAGAAUAAACACACGGCCUGUAGAUGAGGACGAGGAGUUCACACUGCGGAGAACAACCAAGAAGAGAACACCUUCUUCGAACAGACCAAAAACUAACAUCUCCACAGGUUCAGAGCCCGCCUCACCUCAGCCUCUGGUGUCCAGGUGUACUCAAACAUCCACUGCAGCUCCAGACAGCCACCGCUCACACACGCAUACUGUCGGCAGCAGAACACAGCCCAGGCAGCAGCCUGGUGUGUCUGCACAAGUGUGUGAAGCAGCAGACGUUCUUGACAGCAGAGGGCGGGCUCCUCUUUGUCCUCAGUGUCUGUCACAUGGUCCCCGAGGGCGAUCUGAAGUGCCAGUUGGGGGUGACAGAGAGCAGCCUCACUCCUCUGGCUGUCGUCUCUGUCCUCUCUGUGGACGCCAUGCACCCUACAGCAGCACGGAGCCAGCCCCCCCCACACACACAACCUGCCAACCAGCCGAGUCCCCCCACAGAGUGCAGAGGAGCGGAUACUUUGCAGCUGCAGCUCCUCCUGCUCUGCUGCAGUGCCUGCCAGUGUGCCCACCCCCCCUCCUGUUGUACUCGUCAUCGCCCCUCUACGUGUCUCCUAGCAACAGCCAAGGCAGGUCCUCAGGGGUCAGGCGUCGCAGGGAGGUGAUGAGGAGGAGGCGCUCCCUGUCGGUGGACAAGCAGCGCUGCGUGGACAGCUCUCUGGAGAGGGCCAUCAGAGCAGCGCGGAGCAUGAGACACACCUCUGGACACAUGGCUCGCUCUCUGAAGUCCGGCCUGCACUACCAGAGGCUCCUCGCCCAGGCCUGCAGCCUCUAGUCUGAACUCAGAACAUCACCGUGUGCAGGACCAGCUGAAUUAAACACCUCAUUCCCUUCUUUGUAACUUGUCUUUGGAGAAAAAACUGUUACUGUAGCUUUGUUUGCGGCACUGUUAAAAAGGGUAAGUCAUGGCAACAUUUGAUUAUUUUCAAAUGGGCUACUAUGAGGUACUUGUCAUUGUUAUCAGUGGAUGAAUUGGGAGGCUGUGGCUCAGUGGAUAGUGUGGUGGACUUCAAAUCAGGAGAUAGCAAGUUCGAGUCCCACUGGGCAAGACACUUCACCCCAAAUUGCUCCUGUGGGGAUUGUCCACAGUACUGAAGUCGCUUUGGAUAAAAGCGUCUAACAAAUGACAUGUAAUUGCACACCUCCAGUUUUGAGAAUAAUUGGAGUGCGAGCACAGAAGCUAAGUCAUAUUGUGCUGUGGAUCGGGGCAGCUGCGAAACUUAUUUGACCUAAAAAUAAAGAAAUAUCAGUUAAAGUGUACCUUGCACUCAAAGGCUUUCCAAUGGGGAACUAAAGCCAUUACCAUGCAGUGAUUUCCCCUCACAGAACACAAGGGGUCCUGGUCUACUGCUGCCUUCAAUGGUUAGUUUGUGUGUGUGACUUUGGUGAAACCGAAAAAACUAUUUAUUACAUGAUUUAAUACACACAUAACGAACUGAUCUACGGAAAGUACCCCAUACAACCCCCCAUUUAAAAAUAUCCAAACUAUCCCUCUGAAUCUCAGGUGGCCAAACGUACAUUUCCUUUCCUUCAGCAAUCGUCAUAAUCCUUUUCAAAUAUGUCGUGGCAUACAGUUCAUAGAAAUGACAUACUUGGCUGUCCUGGAGCAGUUGUUACUUUGAGCUAUUUAUUAAUAAUGUGAAUCUAGUUUUUGUAAUUCUAAAAAUAAGUGUUAUUUUGAGUUUAUGUAUGAGCUUUGUUUUCCCUUUUUAAUACUGUAGCAUGCUGCGCUGUACAUGAAAUGCACUCCUAAUGCAACUGUUGUUGACGGCUAACAAGAGACCUGGACCAAGUGGUCGACAGCCCUGUAACACUGUAAUGCUGGAUCCCCCCUCAUUUGUCCACUUUUAUGUUGUCUGUAUAGAAUACACAUUUUGAACUGUGUGAAUUCAUUUUGUACAAUAGUUUCUAAGAAGCUUUAUGAGCCAGAGAAGCAGGUAUGUUUUUAUACAAAAGAGAAUAUAUAAACUAUUUUCAUGGAUUGUAUUUACUGUAUUUGGUUGAAAUAUACCAUAGAACUGUGAUUGUGAAUUUAAAUCAGAUUUUUACUCAUUUCUAAUCCUUUUUUUAUAUUUUCAGUAAACUCUUUGCAGCUAUCCCUAAGGAGCCAAAUUAAAGUUUAAAUGUAACGUUCGGUUUUACUGUUUUGCCUUUUCAAGAAUAAAAACUAGAGUCUUCAAUGUAA